AUGUCUGCCUCCAACUGUAAAAAGAAUAUAGACAUUUUAGAUCAAGCUGAUGUUUUUGGUAUCAUUUCUAAUUUACUAUUACCUGAUUUCAAAGUGAUCUCUCAAUCAAGUGGAAUUUUACCUUUAUCCAAGAUAAUAAACAAAAACAUUUGUCUUAACUUCACCACCUAUAGGAUCGAGGAUAUAACAACUCAACAACUUAAAAUUCAUAUUCUUACUUCUGCAGAGAAUAAUCAGGAUACAUUACUACAUCUAGAACCAGAGGUAUCAGGUUCCUUUAUCUCACUAACUAUCUCAAAUACGAAAGAAGGGAUUUCUUUGAAAUCAAGUAGAGAUAAACAACACUCUGUUUUUGACUCUUUUCUAGCUAAAACUAUUUCAAUAAGUGAUAUAAAAGCA